AUGCCUCCAAGAAAGAAGAGAACAUUAGAAGAGUCUGAGGCGGAAGGUAAAGUUGGUGCUGAUACAGGUGAAUCUGAAGUUUCUACUCCAGUUGCUGUAUCUUCGAUUAAUGGUGAUGGUCCAAAAUAUCCACCAGGUAAACAUCCAAGAGGUGAGAAUAAGCUUCCUAAUGUCGAUUAUGAGACUCCUAUAGAUGCGGAUUUGGAAUUAUAUAAGGAUGAGUGGACAAUACCAAAAUUUAAUUUAUUUAUUAGUUUUAUUCUGGACAAUCUUGUAGAGACUUAUAAGUCAAUGUUCAAGGAUUUUAUUAAAUUACCAAGUAGAAAGUUUCAUCCACAAUAUUAUUAUAAGAUUCAAAAACCAAUUUCCAUCAAUGAAAUUAAGUCAAGAGACUAUGAAGUACCAAAAGGCUCACAUAUUUUUCUGUUAGAUGUAGAGUUGCUAACUAAAAAUUGUGCAUCAUAUAAUGAAGCAGAUACUUUAAUUGUGAAAAAUUCUAUGCAAAUUGUUAAUUAUAUUAGAUACGAAGUACUAAAAGCUAAGAAUAUCAAGAGGAAUUAUCUUCUAACUGAAGAUGUAAGUUCAAGACUACUGGCAUAUGUAAACCGUUUGAUAAAUGCUACCGAUAAAGAUAUCGAUAAACAGUUAGGUUUUGUGUUCCAGAAUUCUGAUGAUACCAUGAAAAUUAGCACUCCAUUUUUGGAACUGGUUGAUAGAGAUGAAUUAUCGGAAUAUUACGAGAUAAUUCAGAGACCAGUUGCUUUAAGUAUUAUCAAAAAGAACUUAGAAGUCGGUUUAUAUUCAAAAAUAUAUGAUCUGAUUAUUGAUAUGCAAUUAGUAUUCGAAAAUGCUUUAGUAUUCAACCAUUCUGAUACUUUAAUAUACCAAGACGCUAAAAAAUUAUUGAAAUAUUUCAAUAGUUUGAUGCAGAAUAAUUUUUUCCCAGAAUUACAAGAUGCAAGUGAACGUGGUGAAAUAAAGUUAGAAUAUGAUAAGAUUGAAUUUGAACAAUACCUAGGGACAGGA